AUGCGUGUACAGGGUGUUUUGAUUGGAUUAUACUUCUAUCUCAUUUUCCCUGCGAACAUUAUUGGUCUGUGGUGGGCAGUGGGUAGCCCCUUAGUAAUGGAUACUAACAGCAUAUGUCGUAAAACUCGUCGACUCGCCGGCAAACAACGUGCCAUUUGCCGGAAAGAGCCGGAAAUAGUCGAAGAAGUGGCAAAGGGAGCUAAAGUAGCGCUAAUGGAAUGUCAAUACCAGUUUCGUACGAGAAAAUGGAACUGCACGACAUUACGACGUUCGCUGUCCAAAAUAUUGCGACGUGAUACGAGAGAAGCAGCGUUCGUGUAUGCCAUAACAGCGGCCGGAGUAGUAUAUGCUGUAACGGAGGCUUGUAGUAUGGGGCGACUACUGCAAUGUACGUGCGAUAACAACCUGAGAGAUAUAGCCACGGACGGAGAAUGGGAGUGGGGAGGUUGUGGCGAUAACGUGGAUUUUGGAUAUCAGAAAUCGCGCGAAUUCAUGGAUGCACGUAGAAGGAAACGUCGCCGUGGUGAUGUCACAACAUUAGUACAGUUGCAUAAUAAUGAAGCAGGGCGGCAGGCUGUCAGAAAAUACAUGCGCAAAGAAUGUAAAUGUCAUGGACUUUCCGGUUCUUGUACUCUGAAAACCUGCUGGAGAAAAAUGCCAUUAUUUAGAGACGUCGGCAAUCGCCUAAAACAGAAAUUCGAUGGCGGGUCAAAGGUCAUCAGUUCGAAUGAUGGGAAAUAUUUAAUACCGGAAGGAGAUACAAUCAAACCGCCAUCAAAAGAAGACUUAGUUUAUUCGGAGGAGUCCCCGGAUUUCUGCCGAAGAAACAAAAAGGAAGGUGCGUUAGGGACGAGGGGUAGGGAAUGUGACCCCACGUCAAUGGGGGUAGGGGGCUGUGACUUAUUGUGCUGUGGUCGGAACUAUUCUAAAAAGCAAGUGACUAUUAAAGAAAAUUGUAACUGUCGUUUCAUGUGGUGUUGUGAGGUCAUAUGUGAAACGUGUCAGAAAAUUAAAACGGAAACGAGGUGCUUAUGA